GAACCUUCCCAUCAACAUACCAACCUUCGCUACAGCCAAAGUCAUAGAUGGUCUUCCUCUCUCUCUCUCUCCAUAAAACUCUCUCUUUCUCUUUCUAAAACUCGAAUUAGAUCUCGUUUUCCCUCGACAUUUUCCCGAGAAAACAAUGUCCGACGCCUUGAUCAAUGGACUCGCCGGUGCCGGUGGUGGAAUCAUCGCCCAGCUCAUCACCUAUCCUCUCCAAACUGUCAAUACAAGGCAACAAACGGAAAGAUAUUUGAAGAAAGAGAAGAGGAAACUUGGGGCUAUAGACCGAAUGUCUCAGGUUGUUAAUCAAGAGGGAUGGACUCAGCUAUACGGAGGCUUGACGCCCUCGCUGGUCGGUACGGCUGCGUCUCAGGGUGUUUACUAUUAUUUCUAUCAAAUAUUUAGGAACAAGGCUGAAGCUGCUGCACUUGAACAUAGAAAAAAAGGGGUUGGUGAUGGAUCAGUCGGGAUGUUCUCAUCACUUGCGGUGGCUGCUUUAUCUGGGUGCAUAAACGUGCUGCUGACUAAUCCCAUAUGGGUAAUUGUUACGCGCAUGCAGACUCAUACAAAGAAAUCCCAACCUAGUCAUCCUCAAUCUAUUGAUUCAGACGAAGCAGUUCUUGCUGCAGUGGAGCCUCCUCCCUAUGGAACUAGCCAUGCAAUUCAAGAAGUUUAUGGUGAAGCUGGAGUUUCGGGAUUUUGGAAAGGUGUUUUGCCAACAUUGAUCAUGGUGAGCAAUCCCUCCAUACAGUUCAUGCUAUAUGAAACCCUGUUGAAGAAGCUGAAGCAAAGACGUGCUUUGAAUAACAAGGAUAACAAUGGUAUAACUGCUCUGGAGAUAUUUCUGCUCGGAGCUUUAGCAAAACUUGGAGCCACUGUCGUAACAUAUCCUCUUCUGGUUGUGAAGGCAAGACUUCAAGCAAAGCAAGUUUCUGGCGGAGACAAAAGGCAUCAUUAUAAAGGCACUUUGGAUGCAAUCAUGAAGAUGGUACGCUACGAAGGGUUCUAUGGCUUUUACAAAGGGAUGAGUACAAAAAUCGUACAAAGUGUACUUGCAGCUGCUGUCUUGUUCAUGAUUAAGGAAGAACUCGUCAGAGGUGCUCGUUGGUUGCUAACGAAGGAUGCCAGUAAUGCUGUGAGAUCAAAGCGCCUCCAUAACUGAAACUGUGUGUGUUUUGUGGGACAAUCAGAACAAGGUGUUGCUAAUAUUAAGGUGCUUUAUUGGGGCAGAAUGGGGGGGGGGGGGACUUUGUAACUUGUAGUACUAAAUUGGGAUAUUAUUGGAUUUUAUGGGGACCAAUAUGAUUGUUGCACAAUGUUGAACUUUUAAGGUGCAUUUUUUGGUGAUUUUGCAUGAUGGAACUACAAAGUAGCUA